AGAGGAACACCGCUUUUUCAAUUAAACAUGGCGGCUUCCCUAAUGGAGCAGAGUUGCUGAACAUAUUAAAUAUGUGAAAGCUGCUACUUUAUCAAGCCUGUCACGAUAGUCACGUUAAGUUGCUGGUGCUACGACGGAGUAAAGAGUGUCUAUCGGAAAAUUGCAGUGUUUACCAGGAUUUGAAAACCAUGCUGUCCACAUAGUGAGAGAAGCAGAGCAGCAUCAUGGAGUAUUCUUCUCAGGAGGGGGAAACUCAACUGAAUCCCCAACAAGUCACCCCUCAGGUAGUCGAUAUGACCACCAGUGAACGGGUGGUGGAUCUUCUGAAUCAGGCUGCCCUAAUACCAACGGAUGAAAAGCUAAAUGUGCUCAAACAGGUUCAGGAGCUCAUCAUUAACAAGGAUCCCUCCCUUCUUGACAAUUUCUUGGAUGAGUUGAUCGCCUUUCAGACAGAUAAGUCUAUAGAAGUGCGAAAGUUUGUCAUUGGCUUCAUAGAGGAAGCAUGUAAAAGGGACAAUGAGCUCCUUCUCAGACUGAUUGCCAAUCUGAACAUGUUGCUGAGAGAUGACAGUGUGAACGUGGUGAAGAAAGCCAUCCUCACACUCACACAACUGUACAAGGUGUCUCUGCAGUGGCUGGUGCGCUCUAAAGCAGUAUCCGAGAGGCAGGAGGCAUCCUGGGAUAUGGUCACACAGAUGAAAGGAGAUGUUCUGGCCUUGCUGGACUCUGAAAAUGACGGCGUGCGCACUCACGCCAUCAAGUUCACAGAAUCAUUAAUCAUCACUCUGUCGCCGCGGACGUCAGACUCUGAUGUUCCCAAGCGACAGGAAGGGGACAUCAGCCUGGAUAAAGUUCCAAGAGAUCACUCAUACAUUCGCUACUCUGCUCUGUGUGAAGAGGGGAAGGCUGCACUGGAGAAGCUGCUGAAGUUCAUGGUCCAUCCGGCCAUUUCAAGCAUCAACCUCACCACCACGCUGGGCUCCCUCGCCACCAUCGCCCGGCAGAGGCCCAUGUUCAUGUCCGAGGUGGUGCAGGCGUAUGAGAUGUUACACGCAAACUUGCCACCAACACUGGCCAAGUCUCAGGUCAGCAGUGUGCGAAAGAACCUGAAGCUGCACUUGGUGGCGGUCCUGAAGCACCCCUGCAGCCUGGAGUUCCAGGGUCAGAUCAGCACUCUGCUGCUGGACCUAGGAAUGGCCCAGAGUGAAAUCACACGCUCCACACCUGCACCCCGAGAGCCGCGCAAAAGGCCUCGCCAUGACGAAUACACAGAGGGGAAAAAGGUCAAGAUGGAGCCAGCACUGAAUGAAGAUGAUGAGGACAAAGAGGAGCCCCCCCCUCAGUCGCUCCCUAAACCAGCUGCUGUUCCAGGGGCCCAGUCUGCCAUCGACCUGACUGCUGAGUUCCUGCACCCGCUGCUGUCCCCUGAGAACGUAGCCAACCUGGUGCUCAUCAGCAUGGUGUAUCUGCCAGACAUCAUGCCGGCCUCCUUCCAGGCCACAUACACACCUGUGGAGUCAGCAGGCACCGACGCCCAGAUUAAACAUCUGGCCAGGCUGAUGGCCACGCAGAUGACUGCAGCUGGCAUCGGUCCAGGGCUGGAGCAGUGCAAAGCCAGAGAAGACAAUGCAGGCAAAGACAACGAGGAUGAAGCUGGGUCCAAAGACCUGCUCAUCAAGCGCAAACUUCCUGGGGUGAUGGUAGGACAGGCCAUCUCUGUGGUGGGGGGUUAUGAAAAAGAAAAGGCUCCCGCAGAGGCCCCCGCCACCGUCAAGAGGCUCCCUGAACCCAUCGUUCCUACUGCUCAGACCAAGAUGACAGGGGCGAGUGGAAGGAAAAAAGUGUUUAGAUUGUCAGAUGUAGUCCAGCCUUUAUCUGACACCCAGAUAGAAAAGUUAACCUCCAGAGCCGUCAAACGCAUCCUGCACUCAGAGAAGGCCAUCGCUCAGAGCGGCAUGUCACAUGUCAGAGUGAAGCUCCUCUCCAAGCUUGUAACACAGUUUGAAGGGAUGAUGAAAGAAGACGUGCUGGCAUUUAUCCUGGAGGACAUCAGGACCAGGAGUGACCUGGCCUUUUCUCUCCUCUACCAAGAGUACAAUACUUACCUCAGCCAGCUGCCAAACGGGCUGCUGGACAGUUAUGACCACUGCCUCUGCACCCUGCUGUCAGGCCUGCAGGAGAAACCCGAGCAGAGGGACGGACUCUUCACCAAGCUGGUUCUGGAGGCUCCCCUUAUAACGGAGUCAGCGCUGGAAGUAAUCCGUCGGUACUGUGAGGACGAGUCUCGGGUCUAUUUGGGCAUGACCACUCUGAAGGAGCUGAUCGUCAAACGGCCCUCGCGACAGUUCCAGUAUCUGCACGUCCUGCUGGAUCUCAGCUCACAUGAGAAAGAGAAGGUGAGGACAACUGCCCUGGCUUUUCUGAAGCGUAUGUAUGAGAAGGAUCAGCUGAGGGACUACAUUGAGAAGUUUGCCCUGAACUACAUGCAGCUUCUGGUCCAUCCCAACCCUCCAUCUCUGCUCUUUGGGGCCGACAAGGACACAGAGGUGGCUGCUCCCUGGACUGAAGAGACGGUGAGACAGUGUCUCUUCCUCUACCUGUCCCUGCUGCCUCUCAACCACCGGCUAGUCCACGAGCUGGCGUCCGUCUACACCGAGGCCAUUGCUGACAUCAAGCGCAGUGUGUUGCGAGCCAUAGAGCAGCCUAUCCGUGGGAUGGGGAUGAAUUCGCCGGAGCUGCUGCUGUUGGUGGAAAACUGUCCUAAAGGGGCAGAGACGUUAGUGACCCGCUGUCUCCACAUUCUGACCGAUAAAGUGCCCCCGUCUCCAGAGCUGGUGGAGAGAGUGCGAGACCUUUACCACAAACGAGUGCCAGAUGUUCGUUUCCUCAUUCCAGUCAUCAAUGGCCUCGAAAAGAAUGAAGUCAUCCAGGCUCUCCCCAAGCUCAUCAAGCUCAACCCCAUCGUGGUGAAGGAGGUGUUCAACCGUCUCUUAGGGACCCAGCACAGUGAGGGGAGUUCAUCUGUGUCCCCUCUCACCCCGGGAGACCUGCUGAUUGCCUUACACAACAUUGACUCAACCAAAUGUGACAUGAAGUCCAUCAUUAAAGCUACCAACCUGUGCUUCGGUGAGAAAAACGUGUACACAUCAGAGGUUCUGGCGGUGGUGAUGCAGCAGCUGAUGGAGCAGAGCCCCCUCCCCAUGCUGCUCAUGCGCACCGUCAUCCAGUCCCUCACCAUGUAUCCCCGACUGGGAGGCUUCGUCAUGAACAUCCUGUCCCGCCUCAUCAGCAAGCAGGUGUGGAAGUAUCCUAAGGUGUGGGAGGGCUUUGUGAAGUGCUGCCAGAGGACCAAACCUCAGUCGUACAGCGUGCUGCUGCAGCUGCCGGCUGCCCUGCUCAGCAGCGUGUUUGAGCGCUGCCCAGAGAUGAGGGAGCCUCUCCUGCAGCACGUCCUCUCCUUCACCACUCACCAGCAAGCUCACAUACCUGCCUCUAUCAUGGCAGUCCUGGAAGCGAAUAAAAAGCCAGAACCAAAGUCUGUCGAGCCUGUGGUGGUCAUAGAGCCCGUCGUAGAGCAAGAGAUGGAGCCACUUCCUGCCUCGGUUCCUGUCUGUGUGGAAGCAGAGGCUCGCACUGCAGCAGUGGGAGAACCGGAGCAGCAACAGCAUAGCACCAUAAAGGAGGAGGAGGAACCAAUGGAGCAGGAGGACUCUGCUCCAAUGACACAGGAGGAGUGUGGUGACGCUGUAUCCCAGGAGGAGUUGACAAGACAAGAUGAGACCCCGCGUCCAACGCCAACCCCGACUCCCUCCCCUGAACCAGCAGCAGCUGAGGAGCCGAUGGAGGCGUCUCAGGCUGAGUCCUCAGACCUGCAGGAGCCUGAACACGCUGGAGAGGCUGAGGUCACAGGACCUGAGGCUGGGAGCGGCAGUGAAAACGGAGACUGACAAAACACAUGCGCCAUACACAUUUCUGUCUUUGCAAACACACGUUACCAGGAUUUCUGGAUAAGAGAAAGCUCUUUGUUCUUUUUGUACUUGAGAAAAAAUAAUUUUGUGGGAAAAAGAUCAAGAUAAUUGUGCAUAUGGACUCAAUAUACGUUAAUGUGAUGGCACAAAGUUGGCAAAUAAAAAAAGAAAAUGCUUCAA